ACCCUCCCCCAUGUGCUCUCGUCGUCUCCCCCCUCUCCAGCUUAUAUAUACACCCCCUUCUCCGGAUCGACGGCGAGGUGAGAGACAGCGCGCGCCACCGCCGCCGCCGCCGCUAUUUUCGUGUUUUUUGAUUUCACGGUGCGCGCGGUGGCCGGCCGGAGAUGCAGGCGGUGGCGGCGGCGGCGGGGAUGAUGCGGCGGGGGAGCCUGACGAUAGACCCGGCGGGGGAGGAGGAGGCGCCGGCCGAGAGGGUGGGGCGGCUGGUGCGGGAGAGCCCCGUGGUGGUGUUCGCGCGGCGGGGGUGCUACAUGGCGCACGUCAUGAGGCGCCUCCUCGCCGCCGUCGGCGCGCACGCCACCGUCAUCGAGCUGGAGGGCGGCGCGGCGGAGGAGGAGGAGGCGGCGCUGGGCGGCGGCGCCGCGCUCCCCGCGCUCUUCGUCGGCGGCGACCCCGUCGGCGGCCUCGAGGGCCUCAUGGGCCUCCACCUCAGCGGCCGCCUCGUCCCGCGCCUCAGAGAGGUCGGCGCCCUCUGCACCUAGCCCGCGGGGCCGCCACGUGUCCCAUCGUCGUCUUCCUCCGUCCUAUCCUCUCUACCAUGGCUUAGCUCCAUGCCUUCCAUGUACAUAAGCUGGGUUAUCUCCGCCAUUUCAGAAAUCUAGAGGGGGUGGGGUGAAAAAUUCCACGCCGAAAUAAUACUAAAUUUUGUUUGGGCUCAUGUGUUCUUCUGGAAAUCAAAGGGGUUUGUGAGAAAAUUCCUGGAUCUAAAUGUGAUUAUUAAACAGUACUACUAGUUCAAUGUUUAUCUUUUUACUGUUUUUAUUA